CGACCGUCCCGGCCAUCCAUUCAUCCGGACAAGACACCAUGGAGCACAUUAUGAAUCCGUUCAUGUCGCCCGCUUAUCUGCUCGGCCAUGGCCCACAUUCACAUUCACAUUCACAUGGCCAUGCCCAUGCCCAUGCCCAUGGCCAUGCCCACGCCCAUCCGGGUAUGGCCAGCGGCACAAAUUCGCCGGCCAGCUCUCCAGGUGGAUCCUCGGGCUCCGGUGCCGGACAAAGCAGCAGCAGCUCCUCAAAGCCCAAGCGCUGGGGCUCGCCGCCCAUCAACCUGGCCGGACAGUUCAUCAAUCCGGCCACCGGCAAGAAGCGCGUCCAAUGCUCCAUCUGCUUCAAGACCUUCUGCGACAAGGGCGCCCUCAAGAUCCACUUUUCGGCGGUGCAUCUGCGGGAGAUGCACAAGUGCACCGUCGAGGGGUGCAACAUGGUAUUCAGCUCGCGCAGGUCUCGGAAUCGGCACAGCGCCAAUCCCAAUCCGAAGCUCCAUUCGCCCCACAUUCGCCGCAAGAUCUCGCCCCACGACGGACGUACAGCGCAGCAGUUCCCCGUUUUUCCCGGAGCAGCUGCCGUGGCUGUGGCCGCCGCCGGCCGCUUGCCGGCUGCCUUUCCAGGACUCCUGCCACCACCGCCGCCGCACCACCAUCCGUCACAUCAUCAUCCUGCCGGGGUGGGCUACGGACCUGCCAUGAUGUAUGGCUCCGGACUGCACAGCCUCGGACUGCUGUCCGCUGGACAGGAGCGAGAGCAGGGAGACGCUGAUGCUGAUGUCGAUGCAGAGGGAGAUGGCGAUGAUGAUGGUGUCUUUGUGUACGUGGACAUGCAUGCCAAUAGCUCCAGUCCGGCUGCCUCCAGCCAGGAGUGCCCCAGCGAGACGGAUGCGGAUGCGGACGAGGAGAUGCACUGCAGCCUGAGCCUCACCAGCAGCAGCAGCAGCAGUGGCGCCUGUGCCGAAGAGCAGCGCUCAGCCGAUCAGCCGCUGGACUUCAGCCUCCACAAGCGACGCGAAACAGAGCCAGAGCCAGAGCAGGAGCAGGAACCAGAGCGGGAACGGGAACGGGAACAGAUCAAGCGCUCGUCCAGCCCCUGUGGGGGAGCCUUCUCCAUGGAACGCCUGCUGAGCAAGCGCAAGCGGAGCGACAGCAGUGCCUCUGCCGCCGUCUCCACGGGCCUCCCAGAGACGAGCAUCAAGAUGGAAAUGGAGAAGCACUCGCCCGUUCCACUGUCCCUGUCGCUGCCACUGAGUCUGCCCCUGCCGCUGGCCAUGGAUCUGGAGGAGCAGCAUCACUUCCGACUGCUGCAGACGCAGAUGUUUGCGGCCGCUGCGGCCGCCGCUGCAACCGCCUCCAGCCAGCAACCGCCCAACGCCUUCCUGCCGCAGGGUGGCGUCGAGCCGCCGUCCCACACCUCGCCCAAUGCCCCGCCCAUGUGGAGCCUGCUCUCCGAGGUAUACCGCUCGAUGCUGCUCAAGACGCAGCAGCAGCAGCAGCAGCAGAGCCACCAUCACCACCAAAGCGGAAGCCACCAUCACCACCACCACCACCACCACAGUGGACACCACCAGCAGCAGCCGCCGCAGCAGUCGCCGGCGCCGUACGGCGACCUGCCCCCGACGAAUGCCGCCAUCUCCGUCUAAGCUUUGGGAGCCGCCAAGGACGAAGGAUCCUUAGUCAAAUGUUUAUUAUUAUUUUAUUAUGAAUGUUUUAUAUUUUGUGUGUGUGUGUUUUUUUUUUUUAAUUUUAAUUUUUAUUGUGGGCCUCGCGGUG